AUGGAUAUUUUAAACAUCCUUGAGAAUGCCCUUCUCAAUCCCGAUCCAGCUAAACGUGCUGAAGCUGAAGAACAGCUCAACCAGGCGGCAAGAGAGCACUUUGUAGAGUAUCUCAGUUUGCUUACCCAGGCUUUGUCCAACGAAGAAGCCCGUACGGAGGUUCGUAUGUUGGCAGGUAUUGGACUCAAGAAUCAGCUCACGUCCAAGGCAGCAAAGACCAAGCAGGAACAACAAGCAAGGUGGAUAGCGUUAGACAGUUCUGCCAAGACAAACAUCAAGGAUUCGGCUAUCAAAGCCUUAUGGUCGCAAGAUGACCGUGUAGCAGGAUCUGCUGCUCAGUUGGUAGCAGCGCUUGCUGAUAUCGAAUUGCCCCGUAACGAGUGGCCUGAACUUAUACCGCUUAUGAUCGAGAACACAAAGACCGAGAAACCUGUCCAUGUAAAGAAAGCGUCUUUGUUGACAAUUGGAUAUAUAUGCGAAAGCGCUGACCCUAACAACGAGGCAAUUGUGGCUCAAGCUAAUGGUAUUCUUAUAGCAAUUGUUCAAGGAGUUCAAAGCAACGAACCUUCUGCUGUUGUUCGUCUUACUGCUUUGAAUGCGUUGGUGAACUCGUUGGAGUUUAUCAAAUUCAACUUUGCUCGUGAAGGUGAACGCAAUUAUAUUAUGCAAGUGGUUUGUGAAGCUACGCAAGCGAACAACCGUGAAAUCCAAGCCAGUGCAUUUGGGUGUCUUGCUAGAAUCAUGGCGCUCUACUAUAGGUUUAUGGCGCUUUACAUGGAAAAGGCAUUGUAUGGGUUAACAGUGUCAGGAAUGCAGAGUGGUGAUGACAACGUUGCAUGCAUGGCGGUGGAAUUCUGGUCCACUGUAUGUGAAGAGGAAUUAGAAAUCGCGAUACAAAGAGAUGAGUACGGUCCAGACGCCGUGGGUCCUGAAAUGGUGAGUUACAACUUUGCCUUGGUUGCCCUCAGAGAUGUGUUGCCUACGCUUCUCACAUUGUUGACUCGACAAAACGAAGAUCCAGAGGAUGACGAUUGGUCGGUGGCCAUGGCUGCUGGUGCAUGUUUGUCUCUUUUUGCUCAGAACUGCGCCGGUUAUGUAGUUGAGCCAGUUUUGCAAUUUGUUGCAUCCAACAUCACUGUUGAAGGUGAAGACGGUUGGCGUCAACGAGAAGCUGCAGUGAUGGCAUUUGGGUCCAUUCUAGACGGUCCUGACCACCAGCAGUUGGCUGGUCUCAUUCAACAAGCAUUACCACCGAUCUUGUCGCUUAUAGGUGAUUCUUCUCUCGCCGUAAAGGAGACGGUUGCAUGGUGUUUGGGGCGUAUUGCCGACUUGGUGGUUGAUGCCAUAGAUGCUCAGCAGCUUCCUCUGUUAAUUCAGGCGGUCGUUGCCGGCUUACAAGAUCACCCAAAGGUGGCUACAAACUGCUGUUGGACGCUUAUGAAUUUGGCAGAGCAAUUGUGUGCCGACGCUUCAUCCCAAAAUACCUCGGCUUUGCUGCCUUUUUACGAAGGAGUGGUGCCAAUCUUGAUGCAACUUUCUUGCGGAGAGAAUGAAUACGGUGUACGUGGCGCAGCAUACGAAGCAUUGUCGGCUCUUGUGACUUAUAGUGCCAACGAUUGCAUGGGUGCUGUGCAAAAUAUUGCAACUGAAGCGGUGGUCCGUUUGGAGGCUGCUGCCAGUGCCUCAUCAAAUGCUUCCCAGGAUGCUUCCGCGGCGUUGGCUCCUGCUGAUGAUCUUCAAAUUUCCCUUCUUGCACUCAUAACAUCUGCAAUUCGACGUAUGGGUCCUCAGGUUGCGGGUGCACCUGCCGAUAACUUGAUGCAGUUGUUCCUCAAGCUUCUCACUACUAACAAGGCAAUUGAAGAGGAUUUGUAUUUGGCGGUUUCCGCAGUGGCAGGGUCAGUUGGUGGUGCCGAGUUCAUGAAGUAUAUGGAUGCUUUCGGUCCUGUAUUGACGAGUGCAUUGCAAAACCCUGCUUCUCCAGCAUGUACUACGGCAGUCGGAUUGGUGGCUGAUUUAGCUCAUGCACUUGGUCAGUCGCUUGUUCCAUACCUCGAUGGGUUCAUGCCUAUAUUAGGAGCUAACUUGAACAAUGCGGAGGUUCGUCGUGAGCUUCGUCCUGCAAUUUUAUCUUGUUUCGGUGACAUUGCAACUUGUAUUGGUCUAGCAUUCCAGCCAUAUUUGGAGUUUGUGAUGCAAGUGUGCUCAUCAGCUUCAUCAAUAGAGAUUGAAGAUGGUUCCUUGGAAACAAUGGAGUACGUUUUGAGUGUUAAGGAAGCAGUAUUGGAUUGUUACGUUGGAAUAGUGGGAGGCAUGUCUGACGCACCACAACAAAUAUAUCCUUACGUUGCCAACAUUUUCCUGUUCUUGAAAGCAGUUGCGGAAGAAAUCACCUUGGCUGCAACUGAACUGGUAGCAAGACUGGCGGUGGGUUUACUAGGAGAUCUUGCAGCCAUGUUCCCCAAUAAGGAAUUUGCCCAAGCUUACCAAGCACCUUGGGUUACCGAUUUUAUCAAGCGUACUCGUAGCAGUGCAGUAUUUGGAGCAUCUACAAAGGAUGCCGCUAGAUGGGCCCGUGACCAACAAAAGCGCCAAAUAUCUUGA